AUGACCGAGUCACCCAGAUCCGAAAAGGACUUGUGCCUUACAAGGUUCAGCACACCGGUCCCCGAAUUGGACGAUCAUCGGUUCCAGUUGGAUGCUGCGCCGCACGCCGAACCCGGCCUGGACCAUGCGUUGAGCAGACAAAAUACCGCCCAGGGAGUUGGCCCCGAGGCAACUCCCCAGCGUCCGGAUCUACUGCAUGUUCAAGACGCGUUCCGCGAGCGAGGAUCUAUUUCUCGGGAUUUCGAGCAAGCAAUCGUGGACGACGACCGGUCAAUCAAAGAUGGUCUUGGGCGGCGCUUUUCCGUCGACCCAGCAGGGAAUCUCCGUCCAGGACGUGCUUGGAGCCGCACACAACAGGACAUUGCGAACAUGUCGCGAGAAUCAUCCGUUUCGGCACGGUCAACUUCUCCUCCCAACUCCGUUGAAGCGUUCGCCGACCCGCGACGCCGCGAGCGUGCGAACACCCUAGAGAGCCAUGUGGCUCCGGACUUGGAAGCUAUACUCCAGCGCACCGUGUCUGGCGGCACUCACCCCCGUCGUCCGACGUUCAGCAAUGCGAGUGCUGUCCGACCUCAACCAGGCGAUAUCCAGCUGGAUCCCACAGAGGACACGUGCGUUCCCGUUCCGACCUAUGAACAGCCCGGGCGGAUUCCUGUCAUUGAUUACGAGGAAUUGGAGGAAUUCGUGGCUUUGAACAAGAAGACCAAGCCUGCGCAAACCAGGCGCAAGCACAGCCUGAGUUCCCAGAGCAAGAAGCCCCGUGUCUUUCACGACCUGCGCCCCGGCGCCAAACAGGAUGAGAGCAAGCCCUCCUUGAGCAUUGGCCGUUCCUCGUUCGAACUCGAUGCCAAGGAUGCUGAGAAGGUUACUGGAAAGCCCGUGAACGAGAAUGAAUUGGUUGAGAAGCUUCAAAACGAAAACGAGCCCAGUCGUUUCGGCUUUUUCUCGUCUGAGUCCCAGAGUACGGUCCACGCCGCGGAACUGGGGGACCUCGUUCUUCCGGGAGACACUUUCCGGGAUCUCUUCCAACUAGGCCCCGAGGGUGGUGUGUGGUGGCUAGAUGUUGUCAAUCCUACCGAAUCUGAAGUCCACGCUCUCUCCCGUGCAUUCUCGAUCCAUCCGCUGACAACAGAGGACAUCUUGACCCAGGAAGCCCGCGAGAAGGUUGAGCUUUUUAAGCAGUACUAUUUCGUGUGUUUCCGGACAUUUUAUCAGAUGGACAAAACGGACGACCAAUUCAUGGAGCCCGUCAACUUCUACAUGGUGGUGUUCCGUGACGGCGUCAUCUCCUUCUCUUUCACCGAAAACCCUCACUCUGCUAAUGUCCGAAAGCGUAUCGGGAGGCUUCGUGACUACGUGUCCCUCAGUAGCGACUGGAUUUGCUAUGCCAUGAUUGACGACAUUGUGGAUAGCUUUGGCCCUGUGAUUCGGGAGAUUGAAGUCGAGUCCGAGGCAAUUGAAGAUCUCGUGUUCAUUGCGCGGGUCGAUGAUUUCGAGUCCUUCUUGCCUCGCAUCGGUGGACUGCGGAAGAAGGUUAUGAGCUUGAUGCGCCUCCUGGGAGGUAAGGCCGAUGUCAUUCGAGGAUUUUCUAAGCGCUGCAAUGAGCAGUAUUCGGUAACUCCGCGUGGAGACAUUGGCCUGUACCUGGGUGACAUUCAGGACCACGUCGUGACCAUGAUGUCCAAUUUGGCCCAUUUCGAAAAGAUGCUCAGCCGUUCGCACACCAACUACCUCGCGCAACUCAACGUCACCAACCUGGUUUUGGGCAACCAUGUCAACAAAGUCCUCAGCAAGGUAACCCUCAUCGCGACCAUGCUUGUCCCGAUGAACCUGAUUUGCGGUCUGUUUGGUAUGAACGUUGAGGUGCCAGGGCAGCAUGCUGAAGGACUUGGAUGGUUCUUUGGCAUUGUGGGAGUCAUUGCAAGUGUGAUCAUCCUCAGCGGUCUUGCUGCUCGCUGGUAUAGGCUUGGCGACGUGUGGUUGGGCCACGAUCCACCUGUGGCGCAGGUAUCAUCAACUAAAGCAGGCAACGCCAAUCGAUGCCGCUUUGCUGCAACUGUCAGCGCAACCUUCCUCGCCGCGUUCGCCCUCGCCGUCAGUGUUUCCGCCCCUCACGCCCAUGCCAGCGACUUGGUGGUUCCUGAAAGCCAGAAUAAGACCUUGAUAUUCAGUGAUAAUAGCGCACAUAUUCAGCUCGCGCUUGGGUCGCACAAUGGUCUGGAGAUCCGCGGGGAUGAGGAUACAGAGGCGUUGGGGUUAGAUGUUGUUCGGAGAGCGCCUGCGGGGGAUUCGGAUUCUCUCGCGAAUAAUGAGUUCAAGUCGAAUGAUAUCAAAAUGGGGACAACGCAGUGGUAUUACUUUGAGGCGGAGAAAUACCGCGGCAAAUCGAAUGGCACUACGACUUUGUCUAGUCUACCGGCGAAUGUUACGGGGAGUGACAAUCAGAUUAAGCAAGAACCUAUCAGCGAAGGAGGCGAUAAUGCGGUUUAUAUCUCCUUGACUACCUGUCAAAAACCGGAUCUCAAUACGACAAUUACAGGUGAAACCCCCGAACUGCCACAGUUGAGCAUCCAUGUUUCUCGCUCGACAGAGAAGCCAGCACCCGGUAACGACGAUGACCAUAAAACAUCCGUGGAUGGCUACUUGAACAUGACAUGGAAGAACGACGAGACCGUUUAUAUUGGGGUAUCCGCACCGGAUUCGAAGGAUUAUUCAGGGUCUUACUCGUAUCAAAUCGCGGCGUCUACGGAUACAUUCUUCCAUCGCGUUAGCCUUGAGCCGAACCUGCUCUUUGUCGAUACAGAUGUGAACUCGGCGCUUUUUACAACAGGCAACCUGUCACUCUCCAACAGAACUCAAGAGAAUUACGAUGAGUGGAUGAACCUGAAGAAACCUCCGUAUACGAUAUUUGUCAACAACCGUAAUGAUACAGCCAUAACGGGCCUGGAGCAAUCUUAUUGCGCCCUUCAGAAGAACGCACAGAUUAAGGGAAAUAAUGUUGAAACGAACAUGACGGAUAUAGGCCCCGGGAACCAUCCCAAGGAGCUGCUCUACGCCAAGGGUCUAAACCAGAGUUCUACCUAUUUGGCAAUUCUAGCAAUGGAUGGAAACUCGACUGAUUCUGGUAAUAGAAUUCUGGGGGGUGGUGGGAAGGUUUGGCAACCGAGACAGUUUACAACCAAAGCUGAUGGUAAUUGCGCUAUCAUAUUCGGUCUGUCCUUUUGUUCCGAAGUCGCAUACGCCGUGCCGUCCAAUCCGUCCAUGAAGAAAGCAGAUCUACAGAAAACAUACGACGAUUACGCCUCUUCGAUGUGGAAAAACUUCACUUACUCGCUGCAGCAGGUCCAAUGCAAUGCAUCCCGUUACAAUAGGUACUCACUGGCCGUGGAUUGCGACGACUGCUCUCAAGCGUACAAGGACUGGCUAUGCUCAGUAACCAUCCCCCGCUGCGAGGACUAUUCUAGCGGCGACGAUUUCCUGCGAGUUCGGAACGCCGGGCAAGACUUCAUCAACGGCACUUCACUCGACCCGGAACAUGCAGACCGCAAGACCUAUAUAUCGAAUCAAUCACGUAACUUGAUUAUCGAUAAGCAAAUCAAACCGGGGCCAUACAAGGAAAUCCUCCCGUGCCAGGAUGUUUGCCAUAAUUUGGUGAGGAGUUGCCCAGCGUCUCUCAAGUUCAGUUGCCCGCAGGGUCAGCAACUCGACGCUUCCUACGGCCGACGGAGUAACAAUACUGUGGCGUGCAAUUACAUGGGAGCUGCAUAUUACAUGAGUAGUGCGACGACCUUGUUUUAUGCAGUCAGCAAUGCACGAUACUUGCCAGAUCACACUGGACCCAUGUCUCCUUUGCAUAUUAUUUGUUGUCUUUGUCCGGACUGCGCUCCAUAA